AUGGCGACUUCGCGCUUUGCAUCGAUCACCUCUUCUAUCGCGAGAGAUAGUAGCGAGGGCAUUCUAGUCUCCUCCCUUGCGGCGAGUCGCCCCAGUCCGACGAUUCGCCAAUCCCUCCUACAUCUUCGCGCGAUUUCCCGCAUCGCGAUCCUCGUAAUAACUUCGCUUCUGGCCGUCUCUUUAUUAUCCAUCACGUCCGACGCAUCGCCUCUUCCCGACGCGUCGGCAGUUCCAGACGCACAGCCUCUCCCUGGCGCGCCUCACUCGCAGCCAACUGCCAGCUUCCUCCCAGAAACCUCUUAUUCCGAACCAAUUCCCGCGGAAAACCCGCCGGGAUCUAGCACGCCCAUCCCCGAACCUCUCUCCUCGCUCCAAACGCAGUCUGUUCAGAACCUCUCAUUGCCUUCCUCUGAGGUCCUGUCGACGGCUCCAGAUGACGGCACAGCGGCCGCGCUGUCGAAGCUGAUAGGAGCGGACGGCACGCCGGGGAAGGUGUUCAACUUGGGGCCGUAUAAGCCGGUGGAGCGAUCGUCCAUUGGCGGGCCUAUGUUCAUUUUCAAGCACGGGUGGGCAACCCGCAACUUCUGGUUUUCGGGCAUGCUCAAGAGGGUGGUGUCCCAUGGCUACAUUGUGGUGGCUCCUCAGAUGUACCCGCUCAUCGGCCUCACAGGAGCCGUCUACGAGAUGAAGGGAUCCUGUGCCGUCAUUCGCUGGCUCAAAGACAACCUCAAGAAUUGGCUCUCCCGCCACCCGAUCCUCCACCGACGAACCAAAGCCUCGCCCGAUUGGUCCAAAUUUGCCCUGACCGGCCACAGCCGCGGCGGGAAAGUUGCGUUCGGCGUGCUCCGGAAACUUUUUUGCAAAUCGGUGGUGCCGAUUAAAGCGCAGUUUCUAAUUGACCCGGUUAACGGCGGCGGGGAAAGAAGCUCCAGGAAGUCUGGGGAUUCGGUGCUUACGUAUGUCCCGAACUCGAUUCAAUUCUCCGGUCCGGUGGCUGUGUUGGGAGCGGGACGAGGAGGUUCAUGUGCUCCUGAAGGGGACAACUACAAAGAGUUUUACUCUGAUUUGGUUGGCCCGGCGUGGAAAUUCGUCGUGCCCGAGUAUGGACACGCUGAUUUUUUCAAUAAUUGGCUCGGCCCUGGGAUUACUUUUAUUUCUAAGCACUUCUGUAAGAAUGGGCCGGCGAGAAAGCCGAUGCGGGUGGUGACUGCCGGGCUGAUGGUGGCGUUCUUUCAGGCCAAGCUUCUAGACGACUCGGCAGAUUUGGAUGAUCUCAUGGCCAACCCAGGCCACUCCCCAGCCCUCUCAUGCCUCUCCCCUUCCUCUCCCCCUUCCCUCCAGUUCGCCCCUCCAAAGCCCCUGCGCCUGUGGGUGCCAGUCUCCUCAUCGCAGCUCUCCGCGCCCCUCCUGGUCUUCCAACAUGGCUUUGCUGCCAAGACGCAUUUCUACUCGCAGUUGCUCUCGCGCAUUGCAUCCCAUGGCUUCAUUGUCGUUGCUCCUCAGAUGUACCCCUUUAUAGGCCGAUCCAACACAAGGCCGGAGAUGAGAGGCAGUGUACGCGUGAUCACAUGGGUAAGGGCGAACCUUGACACAUGGCUGCAACAGAAGAAACAGAAACGACCAUUCGUGGGUGCCAAGGUGGCAUUCGGUGUAACACGUAACAUCGUCUCGCCCUCCUCCCCUGUUCCCAUCACUGCCCUCCUCCUUUUCGACCCUUCAGACGGCACCUCAAAUACCUCCAAAAAUGUGCCGCCCGUUCUCGUGCACAGGCCCAACUCCCUUGUCGUUUCUGCCCCAGUUCUGAUCGUAGGCUCGGGCCUCGGUCCGAUCCCAAAAGGUCCCGGGCUGCCCGCCUGCCCGCCCAAAUAUUUCGGGCACAAGACAUUUUUUUCUGACCUAGCGGGACCUGCCUAUUAUUUUGUGGUGCCCCAGUACGGGCACUUGGAUUUUUACGAUUAA